GAGUGAGACCUCUGCUGCCCUCCGCCCCUCUCUGCUUUAGGAAACGUGGCCUUACCGAGCUCCAGCCGCUCCGGUAGAUGAAUGAGCCUCCCGCACCGCCAGUUCCCGCUUGUCUCUGCCCGUCAGUUCCCGCCGCAGCCUCAGCAGCCCCCCUGUAGAACCUCCACCCGGAACCUCCACCCGGAACCGCCAUGGCAGAGGCAGAACCCGUCCCCGCGGCCGUCCCGAACGCCACGGACUCCAACGAGACCGAGGUGCUGAACGCCACGGCUAAAUUCGUGGCCACCCCGGAGGGAACGGCGCUGGCCUACGGCAGCCUGGUGGUCAUGGCCCUGCUGCCCAUCUUCUUCGGAGCCCUGCGGUCCGUCACCUGCUCCAAGUCCAAGGAGCUCGGAGACGGUGGGUACGACUCUGGGUUCAGAAACUCUGCCGGCCCGGAGACCAUCACCAGCCGGGACGCGGCCCGGUUCCCCAUCAUCGCCAGCUGCACGCUGUUCGGACUCUACCUCUUCUUCAAGGUGUUCUCCCAGGAAUACAUCAACCUGCUGCUGUCCGUCUACUUCUUCGUCCUUGGCGUCCUGGCUCUGUCCCACACCAUGAGUCCUGCCAUGUCCAGAAUCUUCCCAGAGUCGCUCCCCAACAAGCAGUACCAGCUGCUGUUCACGCAGGGUUCUGGAGAGUCCAAAGAAGAAAUAGUGAAUUACGAGUUUGACACCAAGAACCUGGUGUGCCUGCUGAUCAGCAGCGUGGUCGGGCUUUGGUACCUGCUCAAAAAGCACUGGAUAGCCAAUAACGUGUUUGGCCUGGCGUUCGCCCUGAACGGGGUGGAGCUGCUGCACCUGAACAACGUCAGUACCGGCUGCAUCCUGCUGGGGGGGCUUUUCAUCUACGACGUCUUCUGGGUGUUCGGGACCAACGUCAUGGUAACGGUGGCCAAGUCGUUCGAGGCACCAAUUAAAUUGGUGUUUCCUCAGGACUUACUGGAGAAAGGACUGGAGGCCAGUAACUUCGCCAUGCUGGGACUGGGAGACAUCGUCAUCCCGGGCAUCUUCAUCGCCCUGCUGCUGCGCUUCGACGUCAGCCUGAAGAAGAACAGCAGGACGUACUUCUACUCCAGCUUCCUGGCCUACAUCUUCGGUCUGGGCCUCACCAUCUUCGUCAUGCACACCUUCAAACACGCACAGCCCGCCCUGCUCUACCUCGUCCCCGCCUGCGUCGGUUUCCCCGUGGUCGUGGCGCUCUGCAAGGGAGAGCUCACCGAGAUGUUCAGCUACGAGUCACCAGAGGAAGUCCUUCCUGCCUCUCCGCGCAUCACUUCCUUCCCGACUGUCAGCGGCUCUCCUGCAAGCCUGGCUGCAUCCAUGGAAACCUCCCCCCGACACCGCCGUGUUCUUCCCACCUCCAUGUACGAGGAGUCGUCUGAGGAGGCGGAGCCUAAAGAGGAGUCAUCAGAACCUGAGAAGAAAAAGGACCAAUAGCAUUUGUCACUGCCACCCUCCCACCCUGUUACAUUUCACUGAAGCCCCGCCCCUUUGGGAAGGGCGGGGCUUAUAUUGCCAACGUGUUUAUGUCCGGUCUCCAUGGUUACAGCUUCUAUGGUACCGUGAGGGGUGGAGCUUUGUUUCUGCUCGGUGCCUGACUCCUCCUCCUCGCCACAGCUGCAGUCAUAGGAGCACAGAGCUGCUGAGGGGCGGGGCCAGGCGAGUGGGCGGGGCUUGUGUGUCCGGACCAGGAAGCCGUUAAGCCUAAGCUUCCUCAGCGCGUCUCUGCUUCCUGCUUCUGUCCGCUCACCUUUACCUGCUUCAGUUUCACUUUGUUCCUGUAAAAACGUCAGUUUUAAUGUUUCUGAAUGUUUACAGCUUUCCCCCCAAACAUCUGGACAAAUCCAGGAGUUUCCUGUCAGAGCUGAGUCAUGACAUCAAUUCAAACUUUUUAUUUCUGUAUCACCAGUUCAGCAUAAAACGGCAGUGACUCUGUCUGUCUGAGCUC